GCGAGAGGGAGGAGCGCGCGCGAGACGCGGCGGGAGCACGGCAAGAUUUAAAGGGGCAGGACACCCCCCCCAUAUUGUGUUGCUUGUGAGGGGGCGCGCGCGGCUGCGGGGUUCGCCAUGUCGCAGCAGCGGGUGCUGCCGCAGAGCAAGGAGACGCUGCUGCAGUCCUACAACAAGCGUCUCAAGGAUGAUGUCAAGUCCAUCAUGGACAACUUCACUGAGAUCAUCAAGACCGCUAAGAUUGAGGAUGAAACUCAAGUCUCUCGAGCAACCCAGGGUGAACAGGAUAACUAUGAGAUGCAUGUCAGAGCUGCAAACAUUGUCCGAGCUGGUGAGUCUCUGAUGAAACUUGUGUCGGACCUGAAGCAGUUCUUGAUCCUCAAUGACUUCCCCUCUGUGAAUGAAGCUAUCAACCAGCGCAACCAGCAGCUGAAAAGCCUGCAGGAGGAAUGUGACAAGAAAUUGAUUGCACUACGGGAUGAGAUCUCCAUUGACCUGUACGAGCUAGAAGAAGAAUAUUACUCUUCCAGCUACAGUCUGUGUGACAGCAAUGAUCUUCCACUGUGUGAAGCCUACUGGAGACAAGACCUUGCCACGCUGUCCCCUGAAAGCCUCUCCAUGCCUCUGACAACUGCCACAGCAGAGCAGAGCGCUGCUACCUCUCAGAGCUCAACCCCAUCGCACCCCCAUGUGAACGGGCACGGGGCAGGCCCGACGGAGCACUCCUGAAGAGGAUUCUCUGCUGGCUGCACACGAUCCUCCUGGUGGCACUGAGCUGCUGGAAGUCUUCCACCUGCUGUACUGAGCGCACAUCUCCCACUGUCAGGAUAAUGCACGGGAGUCAUAUUUGCAGGUUGCUGUUCACUGGAUAGCCACAGUGCUUUCUCCAUCCCUGGGACAUUGCCUUGAGUGUUCCUCUCCCUUGAGAGAAAGUAAUAAGUAAAUACAAAUUUAAUCGUUCUAACAGAUUUGAGUUAGGUUUGCUUUUACAUUACUUCGUUAUGGUUACAUGUAGAAUUCAUUAGAAAUCUGGUGUUUGUUUCCAUUUGACUCUCACAACCAGUACAUGUUAGAGUGCUGGGAAUUAAAUUUUUUGGGGAUAAGAUGUGAGUCAAAUUCUGGGGGUAGUGAGUGUUUUAGGGUUUUUCUUGUUACCUCAAAAUUAAGGUGGUUAACUUUCUGGCUGCUUUAAGUCUUUCAGGAUGCCAUCAACCAACCUAUGUUCCACUUAAUUGGAAUAAGAGUCUCACUGGUAUUUUUUGCAGAGCACUCUUUCCUUGCAAAGUGCUUCAAACACUUGAAUUGUUCCCUAGGUAUUGGGAGGAAGACCUCCUGAAGACAUUUGUCAGAGCAGUAUUUUUACUUUUGGAAAGGAAGGGGCAAAUGGAGGAACCACUGUGGUACUGAUGAUGCAACUUGCUCAGUGCUAUAGACAGAAGCAAUAGCAGACUUGAGUCUGCUUUCUCUUCGAGUGUUUACACAGAAACCUUCCAUUAACAUAGCCUGAGCUAAUAUGAAGCUGGUGUUUAUGUUGGUUAAGUUUCAUUUAGUAAAAAAUGUUGACUGGAGACAACUGAGGGUGUACCCAACACUGAGGGGAUAUUAAGUUAUUCACUUUCUUGCAGUUUCCUUUUUAAGAAAUGCUUUCAGUGUUUUGUCCAGUUACUCAGCAACUUGGCAUUUCCACUGCCUUUCCUCUUUGCAGUUAAUUCCAACUGAAGUUAAAGGAGGAGGUAUUUGAACUGGAAUAUGGUCAUGACAGCUUAGUGUCUGGAAACCACAGAGCUGCUGAAGUGUUCAGAGCAAAUGUCUUAGCUGAGCUUUCCCAGCAUUCCCCUGUAACUUCUCUUUUCCAAGGAUGUGAAUUUUGGUUUACUUUUGGUUUUAUCUUUCUCCUAUUUUUUUUUUUUUUUUUUUUUGUAAUUAGGUGGUUUAAUAAAACUAACUCUUUUGUAUAA